AUGAAAGCCUUAUUUCCUAAUGCAAAAGAAAGUCUUGUAACCGGUGUAGUUCUUCUUUCAAAUAUAUAUUCGUCAUUAGGAAAAUAUGAAGAAGCUCAACAUUUUCGACCUAGGCAAAUAGAAGAAUUGGGAGUCAAAGUAAAAGUAGGAUUAUCAUGGACUGAAAUAAAAGGUCAAAUAGUGCGACUUAAAGCUCAUGAUCAUUCUCAUCCACAAUCAGCUGAAAUCUAUGCUAAAAUUGAUCGUUUAAAAUCAAAAGUGAUUGAAAAUGGUUUUAUAUUUGAUUCAUCUUGGAUAACUCGUUCAUUAAACGAAAAUGAAACAAUUGAAUCUGUUUUAUGUGGUCAUAGUGAGCUGUUAGUAAUCGCAUUGAAUUUGAUUCAAGAACCUGUUCCAAAAUUUAUUCAAAUUGUUAAAAAUCUUCGUGUUUGCGGUCAUUGUCAUGAAUUUACAAAAAUGAUAGCAAAAAUCGAACAAUGA